CAGGUGAGCUCUGAAUGUGUUCUCACACAAGCUUGGACAACUUCACUGAGGCAACACAGAAACAAACGAAUGAAUGAGGACUCUCUGACCUCAGGAUACCACGUAGCUACACUUAGAGACUUUUGACAUUUCUCAAGGUUUCUCUUUAUCCCACAGUGAUUGUGUUGACAGAGCUUGACCUUGCAGACAGUGUUCUUUAGAGGAUUGUUAAGCAUUGUACAGUUUAAAAUGGAACUACAGAAAACAUCAAACGGUCACCAGGAUCUCAGCCCUGACAGAAUUCCUGAGAAUGGCAGUCCAGUAACCAGAUUCGAUGCCCUUGAAAACAUAACAGAGGGUGAUACCUUCCUCCCCAAUAAGAGCAAUGGAAAGAUAGAGAUUCAGUUUACAGAUUUUGUGGGAAAGACUUCUUUCGGAAUGUCUAUUUUCAACCUCAGUAACGCCAUUUUGGGCAGUGGAAUUCUGGGACUGGCUUACGCCAUGGCCAACACCGGAAUCAUCCUUUUUGUACUCCUGUUGACAAGCAUGGCUAUUCUCUCUGCCUACUCCAUACACCUGCUUCUGAAGAGUGCAGGAGUGGUUGGGAUCCGUGCAUAUGAACAGCUCGGAAACCGUGCAUUUGGUCGACCUGGGAAAAUAUUAGCAGCAUGCAUUAUAACACUGAACAACAUUGGAGCAAUGUCCAGUUACCUGUUCAUUGUGAAAAUAGAGUUACCUCAUAUUAUUCAGGGUCUUCUGCCAGAUAACUCAGAUUACUGGUUUGUUGAUGGGAGGUAUCUCAUCAUUAUCAUUAGUGUCUUGGUCAUUCUUCCCUUGGCAUUGAUGAAACGACUUGGGUAUCUGGGCUACACCAGUGGUUUCUCUCUCAGCUGCAUGGUCUUCUUCCUCAUAUCUGUCAUCUACAAGAAGUUUGUCACAGAGUGUCCUGGGGAACACAGCUAUAACAAAACUGUGCCCACUGAAAGCAUAUACAACUCCACCGAUGGCAUGUGUGAAGCCAAACUUAUAACUAUCAACCCACAGACUGCUUUUACCAUUCCCAUUAUAGCGUUUGCUUUUGUGUGUCACCCCGAAGUGUUGCCCAUUUACACAGAACUCAAAAAUCCAAGCAAGAAACGCAUGCAAAAGGUUGCUAAUAUCUCCAUUUUGACCAUGUUUGUCAUGUACCUGGUGACUGCCAUCUUUGGCUACCUUACCUUCUAUGGAAAUGUGAAGUCAGAGCUUCUGGAGAUGUACAGUAAAAAAGACACCCUGAUGCUGUGUGUUCGGCUGGCUGUGUUGAUAGCAGUGACACUGACCGUUCCCGUGGUCCUUUUCCCGAUUCGUCGUGCCGUCUUGCAGCUUCUUUUCCCUGAUAAGCCUUUCCACUGGGUGCGUCACAUCUCCAUCGCUGUAUGCCUCCUCUUCUUAGUCAACCUGCUCGUCAUCUUUGUGCCCAACAUUCGUGACAUCUUCGGCUUCAUCGGUGCCACAUCUGCUCCCAGCCUCAUUUUCAUUCUUCCGGGAAUAUUCUACAUUUGCAUCGUCCCUGAAGAACAGGAGCCGUUGAAAUCUCGACCAAAGAUCCAAGCAAUUGCAUUUGUGACACUGGGUUUCAUCUUCAUGAUUAUGAGCAUUACGUUCAUCAUAAUAGAGUGGGUCACCGGAAAGAAGACGUCGGGUGGCCACUGAGAGAGCACAACUGGAUUCCAACACUUAAAGACCAAAUCUAAUACAGAACACAAAACUCUUGAACCUGCAACCUCUGCACCAGGUUCAGUUUCAUUUAGUUUGAUAGAUAUCAAACAAGUCAACUCCUCAAUUUCAGUAUGUCCAAAAUGAAAAAUGGCUAGUUACCUAACUUCAAGAAGAAUGCAAAGAAGAGUGGUAACAUAUGAUCUUAAUAAUAAUUAAAGCUAUGAUGCUCUAAGAACAUUUUGAAAAUAUUUAUGGAAUUUUUAAUGAAAGCCAAUUUUACACACAAAGGUAUUGCUGUUAUGACUGGCAGAUGGAACUUCCUAAACUACACAAUACUGAUGGAAAACUGUGAAACUGAGAUGAGAAUUCACUCAUCUAUAUUGCCAAAGUUGUAAACAUGCAGUUUGAAGUCUACCUCCUUCUACACAGAGCAAUUUUACAGUUACAGAGUCCGUUUUCUACAGCUCAUAGUGCAUAUUUUGGGGUCCAAAAAUCUUUUAUUACUGAAAAUUCUAGUUUAAUACACAAUUUUCAUUCUAAAAACAAUAUUAUCAGCAUAACAACAAGUGGAAUGUUACAAUCUGAUGGUCCUAAACAACUUAAUUUAAUCAUAAUCUUCAAAUAUAUGUAUUUUUUGUUUUGAUUUUUAUCCUAAAACUAAUCCUUUAACAUUUUAGUUAAUUUUGAUUUUGAAUCCCACAUAUUCAGUUUGGUCUCAAACCUCUGGACCCCACUGCAUGUGAAUUUCAGUUAGUUUCAUAAUUUAAUUAAUAAUAAUAAUUUACACAUUUAGCAGAUGCUUUGACUUACAGUAUAUUCAGGUUAUACAUUUGUUACCAGUAUGUGUGAUCCCUGGGAAUCGAACCCACAACCUUUUGCACUGCUAACACAAUGCUCUACCACUGAGCCACAAUAACAUGAAAAAAAAAUGAACACAUUUCAUUUUUGAUGAAUAAUAGGCAGUUCUAUUAUUCAACAUUCCUAAAAGCAGUUUAUAACAUUAUUUAAUUAGGAAGAGUGUUAGUUUUGUGAUGAAUUCCAGCAUUGUUUAAGCACAAUGCUUCAAUGUCAGAGGAAGAACCAGAAGUUAAUGUAUUUAUUGGUAUUUUUUUGUCUUGUUACAACAUCAAAGAAAUGAAAUCUACAGUACAAGAUGUCUUACAGUACACAAUUAGUGUUUAGUGCAGUUCUCGUCACCAUCAUAUGACAACAUUUAUUUACUCUGUUUUAGAGAGGAGAAGGAAUAUAAAUGUCUGAAUACUAAUUAUCUAGUAGUAUUCCAGAAACACACAGAAAUGUUGUAUGUCAUUUUGUUUGUUGUAUAAUUGGAAAUACUUUUUGAACAUCUUGAAAAUGAGCAUAGGCUACUUUUAACAAACUUUUAACAAAAUGUUGUUGGAAUAAUUUAUUUGUGGUUUACAUGGUGACGUGUUUCAGUGACAAAACCACUCCAGAAAUGGGCCGGACAAUGAAUGAUGUUGAUAUUUAUUUAUUUAUUUUUUUGUGAAAGGUCACUACAGCACAAAACAGCAUUGAUGGGCCUGCAGAAUUUAUUAUCAACCAUAAGCUCACUGAAAUGUUUCUGUGGUCAUACUAUGCCCAUCUGUGUUACUCCUCCUCAUCAGUAUCUGUGAGUUUACAUGGACCAGGAGUCAAAUUGUUUCCUGCUGGACAUUACAACUAGGGCCUACUUUAUCAUAAAUGUCGACAUGUAUGGUUAUUUUGUAUAGUCUUUUAUGUACAUAUUGUUUGUGAAAUGAAAGAAACCUUCAAUUAAUUGUACAUCAGUGUACAUAUUCUCUGUACACAUUCUACAUUCUUUUUCUGCACAUA